UGUCUCUUUCGCUUGGGGGAGGGCUUGUCACCCCAGAUGUACCCCCGGGGUCCGAGGGGUUAAGAAACAUCUUUGGCUCCGCUUGGCGGAAGGAUACAACACCCAGCGUCAACGUGGUGCUGAGGUUUGCGAAGCAAAAAUGUCUGCCUAAGGGAAACUCGUAAGUUACAUUCAGGGAAUAUUUGGCGAAAAAUAUUACCGAAAACUCCUUGAUUCCCAAAACGAGCAGACGCGAAGAAGGAAUACAAGGCUCGAUUUUCCACCUCCGAUCGCCCUAGUUGGAUUUGUAAACGGAAAAAGGUGUAGUUAAAGGAGCCCAAGAUGAACCCUCAACAGCGGAUUGCCGCUAUUGGAACUGAUAAGGAGCUCAGCGAUCUGCUGGAUUUUAGCGCGAUGUUCUCUCCACCUGUAAACAGCGGAAAAAACAGACCUACUACCCUGGGAAGCAGCCAAUUCAGUGCAUCAGGUAUGGACGAGAGAACAAGCACAUCGUCCUGGGGCACCGGGGGCCAGCCCAGUCCUUCUUACGAAUCCUCCAGGGGGUUUGCAGACAGUCCUCAUUAUGGUGAUCACUUGACUGACAGUCGAUUAGUGUCCCAUGAAGGAUUGUCCCCGACACCUUUCAUGAACUCCAGCCUAAUGGGUAAAUCUUCUGAAAGAGGUCCAUUUUCAGUGUAUGGCCGAGAACCAGGUGUGUCAGGAUGCCAGUCCAGCCUUCGGUCAGACAUGCCGCUGGCCAGUCCUGGACCGGUGUCGUCUUCAGCGAAGCCUGGGACUCCGUUUUACUUCUCUGCUUCAAACCCCCGAAGACGGCCUCUGCAGGACUCCGCCCCUCUAGAUCCCCUACAAACAAAGAAAGUGAGGAAGGUCCCUCCUGGAUUGCCUUCAUCUGUGUACGCACCUUCGCCAAGCUCGGAUGACUUCAACAGAGAUUCUCCCAGUUACCCGUCUCCCAAACCUCCCAGUGGCAUGUUCGCAAGCACUUUCUUCGAUGGGACCCACAAUUCCUCUGACCUUUGGAAUUCGUCCAAUGGGAUUAGCCAGUCAGGCUAUGGGGGAAUGCUGGGAAGCUCGUCCUCUCACGUGUCGCAGUCUGGCAGCUAUGGCAGCCUACAUACACAUGACCGCUUGAACUACCCGCCACACUCGGUGUCCCCAACAGAGAUCAACGCCAGUCUUCCGCCCAUGUCCAGCUUCCAUCGCAACUCCAGCACUUCGCCCUACGUCACCACUUCUCACACUCCCCCGGUCAACGGCACCGAGAGCGUUCUGGCAGGAAACCGGGGAAAUGCCACUGGAAGCUCGCAAACUGGAGAUGCACUGGGAAAAGCUCUGGCUUCAAUUUAUUCUCCUGACCACACCAGCAGUAGUUUUCCAUCUAAUCCAUCAACGCCGGUUGGGUCUCCAUCUCCUCUCGCAGGCACCAACCAAUGGCCCAGAGCGGCAGGACAGACCCCAUCAUCCCCCAACUACGAGAACUCCCUGCACUCGCUGAAAAAUCGGGUUCAGCAGCAACUUCAUGAGCAUUUGCAAGAUGCGAUGUCCUUCUUAAAGGAUGUCUGCGAGUCUCGGAUGGAGGACCGCUUGGACAGGCUGGACGAUGCUAUCCACGUGCUCAGAAACCACGCUGUUGGGCCCACCACCAGCCUGCCAGGGGGCCACGGAGACAUGCACAACCUGCUGGGACCAGCACACAAUGGGCCAAUAGGAGGCCUCGGAUCAAACUACACCGCAUCUGGAUUGGUCGCAUCCAGUCGGACGGCACCCAUGGGUGGAGCACAUCGUGAAGAAUCUGUCAGUCUUAACAACAAUCACUCAGUGUUGCCCAGUACCGUUCCCACUUCAAGCACAGAAAUAAACCAUCAGGACAACUACAGAGGUCUUCCAGGGAGUUUGACCACUCAGGCUGCAGGGGCUGGACCACUUGAGCUAAAAACAGAAGGGAAGGACAAGGAUGAGAACUCGCACGAAAAUAACUCAUCAGACGACCUGAAGUCCGAUGAUGAGACUGAGAAAAAAGACAUUAAAAUGACACCCAGAGGAGGAACUAGGACAAGCAGCAUUAACGAAGACGAGGAUUUGAACCCGGAGCAGAAAGCUGAGCGGGAGCGUGAGAGGAGGAUGGCCAACAAUGCCAGGGAGCGCUUGCGGGUUCGAGACAUCAACGAAGCGUUCAAGGAGCUUGGGCGCAUGUGCCAGCUGCACCUGAAGAGCGAGAAGCCCCAGACGAAACUGCUCAUUCUGCACCAGGCUGUGGCUGUCAUUCUUAGUCUAGAGCAGCAAGUCAGAGAGAGGAAUCUCAACCCCAAAGCAGCCUGCCUUAAGAGGCGGGAGGAGGAGAAGGUGUCGGCAGUAUCAACAGAGCCCCAGCCAGCACAUCCCACAGUGCACCCUGGGCUCACAGACUCCGCCAACCCCAUGGGCCACAUGUGAAAUCCAGCCAGGUCUGAAUUCUCAAGAUCAAUUUUGUAAUAUAAAGAGUGGGUGACCUUGCUUCACAAGGACAGACAGAAUUAACUCUUUGUGACAUAAAUUUGAAAAGACAAACCACUUGAAGCAAAAAUCCAGAAAAGCAAUCUUGUGAUUGAAGAAGAAAACUGGCCGACAUCCAGCUCCCUGUGAAAACAUACAAUGCUGAUGAGAAAAUUUCUGCCCACGAGAAGACUUCAGCACAUAUCAUUCUGUUUGCAAGCAGCGUGUGUCGCAUCUGAACAAUCAGAGACUUGUCGCGAUCUCUCCACUCCUUGUGGAAGUUGACUUGUGCCUAAACUGAAUUGACGAAUGCAUUGUAAACACAAAUUUUUAUUUAUUAUGUUACUGAGCUAUAAAGUCUAUGUCUAAAGGGAAAAAUGAUAUUGUUUUGACGUAAUGAAGUUUCAGUUAAUCUACAGUUUGCCAGAACCCACUAGCUUGGAAGUCUCUGGAAAGUCCCCCUUUGCUUUGUGCAGUUGGAUUCUGAGCCAGUGCCAAGGGCUUCAGAAAUAAAAAUGAAUGGAACUGCUCACGAUACCGUGGUCAUGGCGGUGUAGGCCGAGGGGUGAGCCUGUGCCAGGAUAAAUUGGCGAUGUGCGUUGGGUGAAGACCUGCUGUGUCCCAGCACCCAAUUUGGGUCAUGAACUUGGUGUAGCAAACUUUUGCAGUUCGUUCACGUCAGAGAUGAAAGUAGCACAUGAAGAAAGCCUGAAAACAAGAGGAGGCCAUAUGGCACAUCUGGCUCAUGAUAGCAACAGUUUUUAGUGCUUCGGCGUUGCUGUCUGUUCCAUGUUCGUUAACUAUUUAAGAGGCAGUCAUGUGACUAGGCCACUUACUAAAUCUACACAGAAACAUUAACACUACUGUUUUCCAUCAUCCAGUUGUGUGCACAGGAGUACUAAAAUGGCUGUCCUGCAACACCAGCUUGGUGACUCAUAGAAGAGAAAUACUAAAGUUAAGAUUUUUUUCAUGUUUUAUUAAUUUGUCAAGAAGCAGCGCUUUCAUACUGGAACUCCCUAUUUAAUGACCUAGUCUGGUUUGCUAUCCCAUACACUCCAAAACUGGAUAAUUCAACAGCUGAAACUGCGGCUUGUGUAUGCGAAUGUGGCAGUUUGAAAUUGCCUCCAACUCCUUCUGUUAGCUCAGAUACUCUACAGGUGAACCAUGGCAAACUGUAGCUUCCCUGAAAGAUCAGCUGCAGUCUUUUUUUCAAGCUGUUCAAAUGCAGAGAGCAAAACACAAUGUUUUUAACCCUUAGCAUUCCCUGCGUACCUGUUAGUGUCUUAACUAGAGGAGAAAGGCUGCCCUGUCCAAUAUGUUCCUUUGCCAUAUAGUGUUUUCAAUGUCAAAUUGAAUUGUUCCUGUUUUUGUGAUUUUUCAUUUUUUAUUUAAUGUUUUUUUUUGUCUCUGGUUAUCUGAACAGUUGUUAUGGUCAUAAUUUAAACAUCUGUGACGAUAAACACCAUUCUUACUUUUACCAUGAGCAGAUUGCAGUGGUAUCAAAGAUUGCUUCGAGUAUCAGUUGAGAAGCAGUACAGUGACUGUAUUUACGUAUCACCUGGUGUAGCUUUUUGUUUAUUUUCUUUCUUUUAAAAAACAUCAGAGUAACCACAAUUUAUAUGCUUUAUUUGUAAUUGUAUGCAGAAUCAUUUCCUUGGCUUGAUAGUAAAGCUUGUAACGUGAAGUGUGAAUUAGAAGAAAGAAAUUCUAAUUUAUUAGAAUUGCUUUGUUUUCCAAGCAGCGAGUACUAAAUAUAGUACAGAACAAAGUGUUAGCUGUGUGUAACCACAAAUGCUUUACAAAUGACGCCAUCGGGCUCCACUGAACCAGUAAGAUCAUGGCUCGCCUGGGCAGGUAGUGAUUGAUGAACAAAGCCGAACUUUGAGCAGGAGUUUUUGGGAGGAAAAGAGCAAUGGUCACAGCUUUCUGUCUUUGGUUUGUGCGUGUGCUUUAUUUCUUCCCUGGUACCACGGUGGUUAGCCAGUGGGCAGGUUUUAACAUUAUUCAGCUAGCAGCAUUAACUAUCCAAACCAAUAUAAAGCCAUUUGUGGUACUGGCGUGAGAUGUAUUUAAAAAGCGAACCACGAGAGCAUCACACAGCGCAAUCCUCUUGGUCUUAACUCUGUCGCCUCGUGCUCCUUCAACUUCCGUCUACGCUGUCUUCCAUUACUGUUGGUUCCAACGUCAAGGCUGUCACAUCACGUGUUAAUCUUGCCUUCUAAUUGGUCGACAGCAGAAUGAACAACUAUUAAUCAAUAUUUUAAGAAAUUUCAAGAACAAAUAUUGCCAUUUACGCUGAAUAUUUUGUUUUGCAGCGGGGGAAGGGGUUUAUUUCUAUCAAGUUUACUUGUGAAGUUUUGUGGAUUCUUUUCCCUUUUUAAAAAAAAAACAUUGUCAGUAUCCACCUGACUAUAUUUAUGGCCUUGUUCUUCAUUUCAGUGUUUAUGCGCUUAAAAACAUGUUGCUUAAACUGCGUGACAAAGCUCACGUGUCACUGCCUGGCCUUUUUUUUGUUUUCGUUUUUCUCCUCAGCCUGUUUCUUCGCUUGUCUUUUUGGCUAUAUUAGACUUUGUCGUAUGCCCAGAAGCUUUCCUUCAUAAAAAAUAAAAAAUAAUAAAAAACAUUUGGCUUAUUUUUCACUGUAGUUAGUAUUUUAUACAAUAAUCUUGUAAGAAAAUUUCUUGAAUUCUAAAUAUUACUCUUUCUAGAUUUUUGAAAUCGAAAAAGUUUUCAGUAAAAAGUUUCUUACUUUAUUUUACUAUAUUAGGUAGUAAAAAUGUAGGGUUAUCUACCAUAACCUGUCCAUUAAUAUCAGAAAUUUACAAAUAGCAUCCUAAGAACAUAGUAGGGCUCUAGCAUACCGUGUAGUACGUAUGGAGUAUUGUACGAGCUAAAUCUUCGAGACGAAGCGCUUCUCAUCUUGUUCUCCAGUCUCCAUUGUUGGUUAAUAAUGAUUUGUACCUGUUCAGAUUUCAAGGUAUUGUUGAUAAAACAUUUAAAAACAGCAGCAAGAGGUUCAAUUUUUCUGUCACUGUAACAGAAAACACAAUAUGUAUAUAACAUUUAUGUAGCAAUAAAUGUGCCAUCUUUUUUUAACAAGACCCUAUGUGCGUUCAUUUCUUUCUCCUUGUGGUUUUUCAUCUCUGUUGCUGUUUAUGUCUGUGUAUACGUGUGGAUUCGGCCAGCCCUCAGAAGUACCACAAAGUAUUUUGCUGUCGCUGCAAACGUACUGUUAAAAGACAGAAACGCAGCAGAAGUCUUUUUCCCUUCCGCAGUAAUAUGCGUUCUGUUUUUGAAAGAAGUGUCACUUAGUUUUUAGUGGUAGAAUGGUUGACUGACUUUUUAUUUUUUUAUACUGCAGAUCUCAGCCAGCUUAGAAACACUGUGCAAAGUGUGAUUUAUAGUGUGUGAUAUUAAAUGAAACUUUUGAAAGUACAGUAUAUUGGUGGACCAUUGUUGUUUGUAUGAUAAAAGUACUAUGGAAUACAAUAUGUUUCUAUUUUUUAAUAAAGUAUGAUAGUAGCA